UACUAACCUAUCUUAAAGUUGUGUAAAGUGCUGGUUUUAAUAGGCCUUGUUAUAGGGUAUGUAUAGUUAUAAUUGCUGCUUCUCAUAGGGGCUACACCUUUUUUGUGGUAAAAAUAAAAUAAAAUGAAUAAACCAGUGAGCCCCACCAUCGUUAUGAACGUUGUCUGUCCUCUAAUUGUUUUAUUUACUAUUCUGUAGGCUGGUUGUGACCUUAAAGCCCUUCUCCAGUCUCUAUUUGAUACCAUAUCUUCAUUUAGUAAGCUCAUAUGUAGGUGCUUUGGUUCCAUAAAUAACUAAUUCGUGGAUUUUUUGCUACGAAAGAACUGCCGGAUGUGUAUGUGUUACGUUUUUUGUCGACAACAUGUUUUGUAACGUUAAUUUUUACGAAUUAAUCCAUAUUUUCAGCGAAAUUUAGCUAGACAUAACCUAUACUGACAUACGUCAACAAGUACGGCAACCUUGAGUGAGUUGGCAUAUGACAUUCAGUUGGCUGCAAUGACGCGCUAUAUUUGAAUUUAUUUUUAAUAAAACUUUGAUUUUUGAUGUUUUUUUACGUUUUGUGUAUGUGACAGUAUUUUAUGUAUUUGUGUAUGGGUUGUUUGUGUUAAAUUGGGGAGUGUUAUGUAAGAUGGGGUGGUUUUGAAGGUUAUAUAACUCGAGAGCGUAAAAGAUCGAUAAUAAAACAUGGAAAUAGCAAAAGGUGUUAUUUCUGUCAAGAAAUUCCGUCACAAAUAAUAAUAAAAAAGCAAUAAUUAAUUCUGAAUUAGUGCUCGAAAAUGUUCAAUAUAACAGCGAAAAUAUUGUAUAAAAAUGUAAAUUAUAGUUUUUAAUUAAAUGGCUACUAGUUCUAAUAAUAUUGUUGACAACGAAGAUAGUGAUAGUGAUAAUAAUGAGCCGACACCGCUCAGGGAUGAGCGUCCGGAAUGGAAAAUAGCGGCCGAUGGCAUUAAAAUGGUGGUAAAUAAUAACUCUGUAGAUGCAGAGAAGUUGUUUUUAGCGUACCCGGAUAGUUUAGUUAUGAGGUCUGGAUAUUGUUUUACAGUUUUUAUGGAUGCCCUGUUAAGUUUUGAAGAAGAAAAGCUCAAUAAGGCCAAUGAAGCGCUCAAAGACAUGGAAAAACGUUGUGCAAUAAAAAGCGGUUUUAUGAGAGGGGUGUCGAAAAUUUUCGGCCUUGGCCAGGAAGAAACCAAACCAACCCUACAGGAAUUAUUAGAAACGCAAAUAAUUUUGGCCGAUUCUCAAGUUUUAUUGGGGGCACUGACGUUUCUACAAUCGGAUAUUUCAGGAGUUUUCAAGGGCGGCUGGGCGUUGAGAAAAGCCUGGAAAAUUUACAACAGAGUCUAUCGGGAAGUCAAAGACAUGUAUGAAAAACAAAUCGGACCUCUGCAGUUACCUGAAGAUUCGAGCUCGACGGACAUCGAGACGGACAUAGAGUGGCAAUUUCCGGAAAGUUCGCCGGAAAGGGACGGCAACAACGGGUACAUUCCGAUUAAUUCUCGGCUGCCGCAUUCGAGGUCCGCCAUCUUGAAUCGCUCGGGUUCGCGAUCGGCCGCCGCCGGGCCGCCGCCGCCGCCCGCCCCCGACGAUUUCGACGAGGGCAUCGUGCCGCGCGCCGCCUCUCGAAAUUCGCUCGUAAAAAAGUCCGUGUCGUUCCACAGCUCGUUCUCGAACAGCGGCGAGAGUUUCUGGAACGCCCGGUAUAAAUCGUUGAGGUCCUCGGUCUCGUAUAGUUAUAUAAGGGGGCUGGGGUUGUUGGGAGCCAAUGAGGCAAAGACAGAUAUGAUGAGCAAGGAGACAAUCAAACGUCUGAUGUCGGCCGUAUCUUUCGGCUACGGCCUUCUGCACUUAGGCCUAUCAUUACUUCCGCCUUCCGUCCUGCGAAUCACCAAUAUCCUCGGAUUUCGCUCCGAUCGACAAAUGGGAAUCGAAUGUCUCAUGUACGCCAGAACCGGUGAGGACAUGAGAGCCCCCCUCGCGACGUUGUGUCUGCUGUGGUACCACACCAUAGUGCGCCCAUACUAUGGCGUUGAUGGUAGUAAUAUAAGAAUGGGAGGUAGUGCGGCCAAAACCCUAAUUGAUGAGUCAGAAGCACAGUAUUCUCAGUCAUGCUAUUUUCUCUUCUUUAAAGGAAGAAUGUUCAGAACCAACGGUGACAUACAGUCGGCUCUGGUGUGUUUUAAAGAAGCAGUGGACAAAUCCACCCAAACCGAGAUGAGAUUGCUGUCUCUGCACGAAGAGGGCUGGUGUCAUCUCAUUGGCUUGGAUUUCUGCCAAUCCAAAACGGUUUUCACGCAUCUGAAGCAGCACUCCAGAUGGUCCAAAGCUUUCUACUGCUAUUUGGCGGCUUUGUGCACCGGGGCUUGCGGCAACGAUACGGACAAAAUUAUGGAGGAAUUGACAGACUUUUCAGCUUCAAUAAAGUCGAUAAACAAGGGUAAUACGAUCUUCGAGUACCUUACGAGGCGUUUGCACUUGUGCUCGAACGAAUACGAAGCUCUGACGAAAAUAAAACCGAUUUAUUGGAAGUUAUUGCUCUACGAAUUGCUAUAUCUAUGGAACGCUCUACCCAGUUGCACGUCUAUGGCCAUAGAAGACAUUAUUGAAGAGUCUAGCAAAGCUAGUCUUAGCGACAAUACAGAACAGCCCAUGAAAGGGAUGUCCAAAUUAAUACUAGGGAAUUGUUAUAGUCUUAAAAGGGAAGAUGAAAUAGCCGUUAAGGAAUUUAGGGAAUGCCUUUUGGCUCGAAAAGAUUGCAGUUAUAAUGCCGUCGAUGCGCAUGUGUCAGCUUUUUCGCAGUUCGAGUUGGCCUCCAUACUUUGCAGAGAUGUAGAGACCAAAGACGAGGGAAAAAAGCUUUUGCAGCAAAUAAACCACUACAGUAAUUACGAUUUCGAGCAAAAAUUAGGCGUCAGAGUCAACGCAAUGUUGAAAACUUUAUAGACCAAAAUAUAACGUUUAUUUUACGAAUAUAAAAUAUUAAUAAAGCAAUAUGUUGUUGAUAUUUUCUCAUUUUUUAGAGUUAUGAGUAUAUUUAGAUCCGUCCAGAACGAUUUGAAAUGUAACAUAACACCAAUAUAGUAUUUAAUUUUUGUGAGUUGUUUUGCUUAGACUUCCAUGUACUCUCAACCUA